UGUUGUUGCGGCUGCCUUCACGCCGCCGCUCUCUGCUUCCAGACGGGAACCGGGCCGCUGGAUGAUGGCGCCGCCGGUGCUGCUGCUGCUGGAGCUGGUUCUGUACGUCAGCUGCUUCGUCUGCGGGAUAGUCACCGCCGCGUCCAUCACCAUCGUCCAGGGUGACUUUGGGGGUCGGUGUAUGCUGUACGGAAUAGUCAACUACAAUGCCACAGCUAAACUCAUCGGAGUCCAGAGCUCCAGCUCCCCUUCUCUGUGCUACUUUGCCUCCGCCAUAUCCAUCCUGGUGGCAGUGAUGUGCUUCUCCCUGUCCCUGUACUGGGGAUACACCCUCUGCUUCGACACGGACCAAAGAAGGGAGCGCAUGUCGAUGAACGUGGUCGUGGUCCUGUGCGGCGUCUUCCUGUUCUUCCUGCUCAUCACGGGCUGCAUGCUGAAGAUCGGCCGGGACUCGCUCUGCUCCUCCAUCACCAAAACCGUUACCAACAUCACCAGCUGUGAACAAGCUCAGACUUUAAAAUGGGCCAUUCCGCGCAGCGGAGGACCGUUCUUCAGCGGCCUACAAAAAGCAGAGACGGCCGUGUGGGUCAACUUCUUCUUCUGGAUCAUCAUCGGGGUCCUGGUGUUCGUCCAGAGGCGUCAGAGCUCCAAGGUGAUCGCGGGAGGAGGACCGGGCGCGGGGCUUUUCGGGGGCGACUCGGGGGUGACGCCGGAAGAGACCGAGCCGUUCUUCAACAACCCCGCGAGGCCGCAGUGAGGAACGGCCGUCGCGAGUUACGCAGAAAAACGAUAACACGAGAGUGGAUGUGGCGGAGGGUAAAUACGCGCGUUCAGCCGAAUGCCAGCACGUUUUCAGGUUAUGUAUUAACUCAGUCUGUUUUUGUUAAGGGCUUAAAAUGCGUGUAGAAAAGUUGAACGGCCACCCCGACGAGGAUGGGAUUCGAACCCACGCGUGCAGAGCACAAUGGAUUAGCAGUCCAUCGCCUUAACCACUCGGCCACCUCGUCUGGUGCGGAGUCGCCACGGAAAUCCAAAACCCCGCAGAGCCUCCGCGACAUGAAACACAACCCUGAGGCUGGAGCGCUGUUCAUAUUUACCCUCCCGCCGCAUCCACCCUCUUACCAAAGCUAUUUCAGGUGUAUGUCUGUAGGAACAGGAAUGUGCGUUUGUUCGUUCAUUAACUUUAUUUACACAGACAGCAAAUAUUAAGAGUGUUUAUCGGAGGCAUUCGUUUUGUAUUUCCCUCGCGUGUUGUACUUUUUAUACGACUGGCAGAUGUUUCUUACAUGAAAAGGUAUUUUAUAUUAACACAUUCACUGUAAAACAGUUUGAUUGUCCAAUAGUUCAAAGUCCCUUUUUUUUUUCAUCUUAUAUUAAACCUUUUGUGUCAUUCAGAUGAAUUAAUUGAGACGUCUUUGUGAUGAUGAUGAUGAUUAAUUAUUUAAUUUGACGUUGAAGCUAAUUUAAUUGAGUCUUAAACAUAUAUUUGAUUCUGGGAUAUUGUGCCUAUUAAAAAAAAAAAAGUGAAGAUUUCAAAUAUUUAGUUCGUACCGAUGGCAUAAGACACUGUUUGUGUUCCACUGUGGGAACCAGUAGGGGAGGGAAGAUGAUCACACAUGUUCCAGCCUCAUGUGUUUGUGGGGUGGUCGGGGCUGAACUAUGUCUCCCUCUGCUGGCAGACAACAAAUAAAGACACUUCUGUUGUACCACA